AUGCGUGAUAGUUACGAAUUGAAUGACAAUCUCACUGUCCAAGACACCCCAGCCGACGAUGCUACAGUCAGUCUGGCUUUUCCGGAAGGUGGCCGCGAGGCAUGGUCAUGUCUCUUAGGCUCGUUCCUUCUGGUGUUUGGCUCUUUUGGAUUUCAGACUUCCGGUAAGAAAGCAACUUGUGGUAUUGUGUGUCGAGUCAACCAAUUCCCUCCAGUCGGAACAAUACAGUACUACAUCAGCACCCAUCAACUGUCCGACUACAGCGUUCGCGAUUCGGGCCACUGUUUGCUCGUUGUCCGCUACGCCGCCCUCUCAACAGACGUCCAAUUCUACUCCCUAACAGUCCUAAAUAGCGUGAGCCUCGUCGGCAGAAUCCUCUCCGGCCUCGCAGCGGAUAUCCUCGGAUGUUUUAACAUUCUCCUCCUGCUAGUUGUGAUAAUACUCCUUGUCAUGUCCGCCGUCUGGCUCCCCUUCGGUUUCCGCGACGAAGCAACUCUCUAUGCCGUCGUUGCGAUCUUCGGCUCCGGAUCGGAUGGGCGGUUAUAUCUCUUGCGCCGAACGGUAUAUUGUGUUUCUGUGUUUGGGGUGUUGCUUACUGUGCCGGUUGGAGGUGAGUUGGAGGUGGGCAUUGCCGGAUUGGGGUUGGAAAUGGAAGGUCAACUUGCUGUCCCAAUUUACUAUGAACUUCAGGGUUUACUUGAUGAGGCUUCUGGGUGCAAGGAAAGACUCAAAGAUCCUGAUGAGGAUUUAUCAUUAACUGUGAAGGGUAUAAAGAAGUACAAGAAGAACUAA